AUGUGGGCGAACGGGGAUGCGGCGGGCGGCGGGCGGCGGCAGCGGUUGAUGAACAUGGUGCGGGUGACGAAGGACACGUACCUCCCGGCGAUGCAGAACUCGCUCACGCAGGCGAAGAGCUCGCUCCGGAACUACUACUACAGCCUGGAGGAGGGUGAGGAGCGGGCGCCAACGAGCGCGGAGGAGCGGGAGCUGCAGCUGAUCUGCUACCCGACGUACACGCGAGUGGGCAGCGACCGGCAGUACGUGACGCAGGUGCGGGGGAUGGUGUACGUGCAGGGGCAGGCGACGCGGCGCAACCGGCUCAUCCUUUCCAUCUGCAGGCAGCUCGCGCGGCCGACGGCGACGGCGGAGACGGAGCGGGAGUUGGAGAGCGUGCUCGGCGACGACGCGGCGGGGAGCCGGGGGACGGUGCGGUCUGCGUCGACGGCCGCGAGCAGCGCGUCGUCGGUGUCGACGGUGCUGUCGGCGGCGACGGCGGGCAGCCAGACGAGCCAGGACGAGGUGCUCCGGGACCGGCUCGCGGGGUUCUUGAACAAGGCGGUGCCGGGCGUCGCGGUGAUCGUGGACCUGCUGGACGCGGCGGGGCGCCAGGAGACGUUGUUUACGGCGACGGACAACUACGGGCAGUUCCGCGUACACACGACGACGGGCUUCCAGCCCACGGUCAUUCGGGCGACGCUCGACACGGCAGCCCCUGUGUCGACGAUGUACGACACGAACUUGAUUGAGGAUGCCGGCAUCGGCUUGAUCAGCGACAUUGACGACACCAUCAAGCACACCGGGGUCGUGGGUGACAAGCGUUCGAUUUUCUGCAAUGUAUUCGUGAGCGGCUUCAACACGUGGUUGAUCCCAGGCAUGUCCCUCUGGUACAAUACGUUGAAAGACUCGCGGGGCGUCGAUUUCUUCUACGUGUCGAACUCGCCGUUCCAGAUCUACCCCACGUUGCGGCAGUACAUCUCCAACGAGUACCCGAUAGGCCCCAUGUUCCUCAAGCAGUACUCCGGAAAUUUGUUGAGCAGUUUGAUGUCCUCUACAGCGGCUAUCAAGCUCCCUUCCAUUACUCAAAUUUGUGCUGAUUUUCCCAAUAAAAAGUUUAUCCUGGUUGGUGAUUCCGGGGAGGAAGAUUUGGAGGCAUACAUAGCGACGGCGCGCAAUUUUCCGAAUCAGAUAAUAGGCAUUUACAUACGAUGCUGCAAGAGCUCCAUGAGCGACGACCCUGCGAAAGACUGGGAUGUGAUGGAUGACUUGAACUCGCUGAUCGCAACCAAAUACUUUGCUAGGUUGCAGCAGAGGAGCGCAGAGCAGAAGCAGAAGAAGCCCGCUCCGCCGGUACCCGCCAAGAACGUUCAAUUAUCCGAAGAAAUGAAGGAGGACAUACUGAGAUCAAAACAGAUAGAUUCGGCCACGGACAGUGUCACGUAUAACAGCACUAGCGGGCAGAGUACUACCGGCGGCACUGGCCCCUGCCCACCGCACCACGCGGGAACCCCCAAGAGCGAGCCUCCUCCGCUACCGCCUCGAGCGCCAGUGUACCCUGCAAGAACAUCUCUCAGCGACGACGGCAUCUUCACCAUGCCGUCAACGCAAAAUGAUUACGGCAUAUAUUCGGCAUUUUUUGACCGCAAGGCUGAUGAGUGGAAAGAACGGGUUACGCGGGCCAUAGGCAUACUACUUGAAAACGGGGUGGAAGCGCGGUUCAUGUUCUUCAGAGAUCCAGAAGUAUGUAUCGAAGACAGCAUGACGAAGAUCAACUUUACUGCGAAACGCAAGUCAGCGUAA